AUGGUUCCAUCAUUCGUUAUUUUUUUAGUAUUAAAUAUCUUUAUUGGCGCUAAUUUUACAGCUCUAGCAGAAUUGUCAAUGGAAAGUCGAUUAAUUCAUCGUAACUAUUAUUGGUACAUAAAAGGAAGAGAAGAACGAUUACAAAAUGGGUCAACGCCAUUCGGUUUUGAUCAUUUACCGCCACAGACAGUAUUAUGUGUGAUUCUUCACAAAACAAUCAGUUGUGAUGCAGUAAUGGAAGCAUUGAAAAACUAUAAAGAAUACAUUCACACCGAUGAAUUCACUUGA